AUGGCGUUGACACGGUUAGCACUAAAAAGGAAAGCAGGUACUUCCGUCCAUGUAUGCUAUGUAUGUAAAGAAAAUCAUGAUAACGGAUUGUGCAAGAUUGGCAAGAAUAAGAAAAAUGAAAAUGAAGAAGAAACUGAAACUAUAAUCCAUGAUGCGUUGGAAAAAAGGGGUAGUAAUAAACAGCAUAAAAAAGAAACUCAGCGAGACAUUGCACUAACAGAAAUUUCGUUAGAAGUAAUUCACUCAUACCGAACUAAUUUGUGCGUAGUCACUAAACUGUUUGGAUCGAUAAGUGGACAUUUGCUUCUAAGUGACGAGGCUCGUGAACACACGUUCCAAACAAUAAAGGUGGACGGACCCGAGAUAUAUUUAAAGAGUGAAACGAAGAAUAUCAAAGUCUUUGACAUCACAGAAAUUAAGAAAAGUGAGUUUAUAUUGUCAUUUGUUGAUGAUACAUUCCUUAAACGGAUGAGCUCUAAAGGGUCACUUCGGAAGUUUCUUGACUUUUCUCCUUUACUUCCAAGGGCUCUUCAAAUAACGGCGUCUGGACACCUUUUAAUGAGCGUUCGUGAACAGGGUGAAGGUUUCCCCUUGAAUUCAAAAAGCUGUAGACAACUAAUAGUGAUGGACUUAAAGGGAAAACCAAUACAUACAUAUGAGUAUAGUAACAAACGAAAGAGACUGUUUUCUUUGGUUGUUCGUAUUGCGACCUCUUCCAGGGGUGAUAUUUACUUGGUUGACAGGGAAACAUUAGACGGUCACGGGUGUGUUGCUGCACUUAGUUAUCCAAAUAAAAUAAAAUGGAGGUACAACGGUAACAAUAACGUAACUUCCGAUUGUUUUUGUCCAGGAGACAUUAUAAUAACAAAUACAGAUACUAUUAUUGUAACCGACGUUGAUAACGCAUUGAUUCAUAUUCUAAAUAUCAGUGGAUUGGUAACGAGUUAUAUAGACACCGGUAAACAAGGGAUAUCAUUUCCACAUAUGAUUUGUCUAGGAGUUGAAGGGCUAUUGUGGAUAGGGUGUACAACUCAAGAGGACUCAUCAGAUCGAGCAAUGUUAUAUGGCGUUAAAUAUUAG